UAAGAGACCGAAAAAAUGAAGAAAUACGUAAAAAUGGUCGUCCUUCGGAUGGUUAUAAUACUGCAAGUAGCGAGCUGCUUCGACAUUAAGCCAUCAUCUCAAGAUCACGACGAAUUGGCAGAUUCAAUAAGGGGGAGACGAGGAGUUAUUGAAGAAGAGAAGUUUUUUAGUGUCAAUUCUGACAUCAGAAACGAUAACAUAAAUCAACAUAAACCAUGGCUUCCCAGCGCUUUGCACUCUGAUGAAGAUCCUACAACUAAAAUAUCUAUCACCAAUGAUGUGAAAGAUACCAUAUCACAUCAAACAACUGAAAGAGUGACAGAUAAACCUAUUGGACGUGGAGCGAGAGCUUCCAACGAAAACUGGGUUAAACUUCCCUUUCCUAACGAAGAUAAAACCGGAGACAACAUUCUAACGCCACCAAAACCAACAGGCGAUCUUAUAAACUCACGCAUGCCACGAGUUAACUUCGUUACUCAGAAUAAAGGUUUAGAAACGUCAGAAUCUAGAAAUGACAGAGAAUCCGUUCAAAGAUCAACUCGAACUGAUAAUAUCAGAACAGAAUUUGUUCGUCCAGAUGAAGACGAUUUGAUGAAACAAAAACCUGUAUAUCCGAGACAAGCAGUCUACUAUCCGGAGGAUCCUCGACGAAUGUAUUACGAAGAUAGGUACUACAAUGACGAUUUGUACAGACGUGACCCCUACUACGAUUUAUACGAUCGUAAAAGAUAUUAUCCAGGUCCUAGAGUUGACAGAUACGAUGAGCCUUAUGAUAAUUAUGUACCACGAAAACCUAAGAGAAUUAUUUACUACGCUCAUUUACCAGAAGUAGUAAGGACCCCACCUAAUGUCGAUUUAAGAUAUAGAUAUUCCAAUGAUCCUUAUCGACGAUUCGAUGACGAUUAUUACGCGAGAACUGGCAGGUACGAUUAUCGUUUUAGAAAUAGAUAUCCAUACGCUGCUUUAAGAAAAGACGAGAGGAAUUAUAGAGAUUUGGUUAUCGCUGGUACAGACGCUAGAGACAAAAAAAUCGACGAAAAAGUAACUCCAACUCCAAUAUUGCCUAAGAAAGAUGAUAAAAAGGAAAAACAAGUGAAUGCUAGCAAUCGAAGUGCAAAUAGAAAUACUAUAAACAGCCAUCAGUAUCAUGAAACUGCUGCUAAUUAUAACGAUCAAAUGAAUCAUAAAGCUUUUGUAGACUCUAAGAGACCUGAUGAUGGAUAUUUUAGAUUCGAUGAACCUUUUUUCCAUUCCACUAUCGAUGAUUCUUAUCAAAGGAAAUAUUAA